AGCAAACUUUGCUGCUAUUUACUUGCUGCCAUAUGCCACAUCCUGUUCUUUGUUUGUCACUUACAAAAACCUGGGAUUGUGCGUGGUACAUAAGAACCUGGGAACCUGUCCCCGGAGCCCACAGCACAAGGCAGCAACAGGAGUCAGCAAACCCGCCACUUACUCUCCAGCCUGCAGGUUGUGGCAGCUUGGACAACACAGGAGGACAUGGCCAGAGACCACGGCGGCACACCGAAAUGGGCAACCCUGGUGGUGCUGGCCACUGUGGGCACAGCCCUGGCAGUGGCCGUCAACCCGGGCUUCGUGAUGAGAAUCUCCCAGGCGGGUCUGGACUACGCCUGCCAGCAAGCAGUGGCUGUGCUGCAGAAGAAGCUGGAGAACAUCCACCUGCCUGACUUCUCGGGGAAUUUCAAGUUUUUGGGGAAGGGAUCUUAUGACUUGUACAGCAUAAAGAUCCUGAGUUUCCAUCUUCCCAGACCCCAGCUAAGACUGCAGCCCAAUGUGGGCCUUCGACUCUCCAUCAACAACGCCAAUGUCGUUAUGAAUGGGAAAUGGAAAGCCAAGAAGCGUUUCUUCAAAGCCAGUGGCAACUUUAAGUUGAAUGUAGAAGGCGUCUCCAUUUUGGCUGAUCUGAAGCUGGGCAGCAACCCUGCCUCUGGCCAAGUCACCAUUGCCAGCUCCAGCUGCAGCAGCUCCAUCAACAAGGUCCACCUGAGCAUCUCGAAGAGCUGGCUGGGGUGGCUGAUCCGUCUCUUCCGCAAGAAAAUUAAUUCUUCACUCCAAAAGACCUUCAACAACAGGAUCUGCAAGAUACUGACCAAUUCUGUGGAUACUGACUUACGGCGUUACACCCAGACUCUUCCAGUGACAGCCAAAAUAGACAAGGUGGCUAGGAUCGACUAUAGCCUGGUGGUUUCUCCGAUAGCCACAGCUGACAGCCUGGACCUGCCGCUGAAGGGGGAGUUUUUCAUUCAGGCCAACCGCAGCCAACCUCCCUUUAGCCCUCCAGUGAUGGCCAUUCCACCUGUCCACGACCGCAUGGUGUACCUGGGCAUAUCCAACUACUUCUUCAACACAGCUGGGCUUGUGUACUAUCAGGCUGGAGUCUUGAAACGGACCCUCACGAACAACAUGCUGCCGAAGGGAUCUAAGUUGCACUUGACCACCAAUUUCCUUGGACAAUUGCUACCCAAGGUGUCCGAGAUGUUCCCCAACUUGGAUGUACAGCUGGUCCUGUCCGUCUCCUCGCCACCACACCUGGCCGUGCAGCCCACCGGCCUUGCCUUCACCCCUAAACUGGAGGUCCAGGCCUUCGCCAUCCUCCCCAACUCCUCUCUGGCGUCCCUCUUCGAGCUUGGCCUGAGCAUGAAUGCACUCUUGAAGGUCAGUGCCAACACUGACAGACUUGUGGGAGAGCUCGCGGUGGACACGCUGCAGCUGAGGCUGAUACACUCGAACGUCGGUACCUUCCCGGUGGAGCUGCUGCAGAAUGCCAUGAACUACAUCGUGCCCUUGGUGGUGGUACCCAAGGUCAAUGAGAGACUGCAGAAGGGUUUCCCUCUCCCAGUGACCAACGGGGUCAAGCUCAGAAACCUGGUGCUUCGCUCUUACCAGGAUUUCCUGCUGCUUGGAGUAAACGUUCACCAUAGCUGAGCUCACCAGGGAUGCAUCUGGGGUGGGGCCUUGGCACCUGUUCCCAGGCUCCGCUUCUCCAGGGAAUCCUUGAUAGGUCCUGCUAACCUCUCUGAACUCAGACCUGGAAAUGAUCUGAACACGGGGAGUUUGUUCCUGGAAAAGGUCCUGGUGUACAUUUCAGAGAUGCUGUGAUGCUUUCAAAGCUAGAUUCCACAUGUUCCCCAGGAAUUGCAUUCACUUGUGAUCAUAG